UUCCCCUUCCUGUCGGUUAUGGGAUUGGGAAGGGGGCGGUACACUGGGAAGAUGGCGGCGGCCGCGGUUGUGCGGAGUAUCGGCAGCAGCCUGGGUCGGAGUCUCAAGGAGCUUCGGAUCCACCUGUGUCAGCGCUCGCCAGGCAGCCAGGGCACCAGAGACUUCAUUGAACAGCACUACGUGACUCUGAAGAAGGCAAACCCGGACUUCCCCAUCCUGAUCCGGGAGUGCUCUGAUGUGCAGCCUAGGCUCUGGGCUCGAUAUGAGUUCGGCAGAGAGAGUUGCGUGCCACUGAAUAAUCUCAAUGUGGAUCAAGUGGCCAAGGCCCUGGAAAAUGUUGUUCACAGCAAAACAUGAAGACAAAGAGAACUGAACCUGCAUGUGCUGGAGCCCUUGCCUGAAUGGGUUUAAUGGAGAAGCUGUAUAUCUGUAAUUGUAACUUAUUAAUCACAUAUAAAAGCAUGUCUGACAAA